AUGACAGAGACCAUCGAAUCCUAUAUGGAAAGUAAUAGUGGAAUAUCUUUUACAGCAAAAAGCAUAGUGAAUUUGGCUCCAUUUUUGGAGCCAUUUCAGUCAAUACAUAGCCAAAUAAAACGAUUACGUGUACGAUCAUUGCCUACAGACCAGACCUCAAGAAAUUUUUUGAGCAUGAGGCCUCUAAAAUUACACUUGAUAGAUUUGGAAAUACUUCAUCUUCUUCUAUAUGCAAUCCAUCAUAACUCGUUUGUUCUUCAAACACAUCCAUUGUCUUCAUCGCUCAAAUCCAUCUCAACUUCCACAAAUCAACACUCUUUUACAUUUAAUUACCUCGUCAAUUCUUGUGGGUUAAGUCCAGAGAAAGCUAUUUCUGCUUCCAAAACAGUCAAUUUGAAAACCCCAGACAAACCAGAUUCAGUUAUCAACUUCUUCAAGAACCAUGGAUUCAGUAUCACCCAGAUCUCAGAGCUCAUAAGGAAACGCCCAAUUGUUCUCAUAUUUGAUCCCAAUAAAACCCUUUUACCCAAAUUCGACUUCUUUUACUCUACUGGCAUUUCCAGCACUGACCUUGUCAAGACAUUAUCCACUAACCCAACGAUAUUGACUCAUAGCUUGAACAACCAAAUCAUCCCCUCUUUCAAUUUGCUGAAGAAUUUCUUUCAUUCAGAUGAUAAAUUAAUCGCCGCCUUCAAACGAUAUCCGGAGGUUUUAUGUCACAAUGCUAUUAUAUUUCCCAACAUUGAAAUUUUGAGACAACUUGGGGUGCCAGAUUCCAUCAUUAUGGCCUUACUUACUACUCAACCUAGGUCACUCAUUAUAAAGGCUGAUAGAUUGAAGGAGGUAGUGGAGGAUGUUAAGAAAAUGGGUUUCAACCCUUCAAAAUCCCAAUUUGUUAUGGCGGUUCGGGCAUUGACCCAAAUGAACAAAUCAACAUGGAAAAGGAAGAUGGAGGUUUAUGAGAAGUGGGGUUGGUCUCAGGAAGAAACAAUCUUGGCUUUUUCAAAACAUCCGUUUUGUAUGACUGCAUCCGAGGAGAAGAUAAUGGCGGUGCUGAAUUUUUGUGUGAACACAAUGGGUUGGCAGUCUUCCGUAAUUGCCCAUCGUCCAAAAUUAAUGACACUGAGCUUGAGUAAGAGGAUAAUUCCCAGGUGUUCAGUACUUCAAGUUUUGUUAUCCAAAGGUUUGAUUAAGAAACCCAUUAGCUUACAGGUAUUGUUGGAGUCCACAGAGAGAGUGUUCCUCCACAAGUUUGUGACCUGUUACGAGGAAGCUCCUCGGUUGUUGAAACUAUAUCAAGAAAAAUUGGAGCUUUCCAAAUUACAUGAAGGUUAG